AUGCGACUCAUCAACGUGACAACCCUCCAAAUCGACGAAUACUUCGGCACCGGCAUUCCAGAGUACGCAAUUCUCUCCCACACAUGGGACGCGACAGAGGCAACGUUACAACAAUGGAGCAAGCGGACGACGAGACUUCGAAAGUUCAAGGUUCCCGGCUAUGCAAAAGUGUACGGAGCAUGCAAACUUGCGCGACAAGACGGACUUCGAUAUCUGUGGAUCGACACCGUUUGUAUCGACAAAUCUAGCUCGGCUGAGUUGUCAGAAGCCAUCAAUUCCAUGUUCGCAUGGUACGAAAACGCCAAAGUAUGCUAUGUCUACCUGUCAGAUGUCAAAAUACCGUCAAAGGACGACAACAUUGACGUGUUGAGUCUGUUCCGGCGUUCUCGAUGGUGGACUCGUGGCUGGACCCUUCAAGAGCUUUUGGCGCCAACAAACAUUCUUUUUUACACUCGGGAGUGGGUGCAGAUGGGAACCAAGUACGCGUUGGCUAUGCUUAUUCAAGAGAUCACGGGUAUUGGCGAAGGGUACUUGCGAGGGACACGGCGGAUAUCUUUGUGUAGUAUCGCACAGAGGAUGAGCUGGGCCUCCAAGCGAGUUACGACAAGGGAGGAGGAUCUCGCGUACUCCUUGCUCGGCAUAUUCGGAAUCAACAUGCCCCUGUUGUAUGGCGAAGGGAGCCAGAACUCCUUCCGAAGACUUCAGGAGGAGGUCAUCAAGACAUCGAUCGACCAGAGCAUAUUCGCAUUCGAGACUGGCUCAUCGGAUAACACCCUUCUCGCCCACCACCCAAGAGACUUUGCUGCGCAGGGUAGCGUACGACCUAGCUUCGCACGCAAGCUGACACCCCCUUUUACCCUUUCCAAUGCUGGACUUUCCCUGACAGUACCGUUGAUUCAAACCAUGUCUCCGUAUUGGGUCUUGGCGGUCCUGAACUGUGUCGAGUUGCACUGGGACCAGGAGGACGUCAGCGCACGGUCCGUCAUUUGUCUUCCACUUCUUGGAAGGGACAAGAAAUACAUGCGAGCUCGAGCUCCGGUUACUCUGAUUAGCCUCGGAGCUGACUUGGCGGGCGGGCCAAAGCCGACUAUACGCCCAAAGCUCAUCGACAACAACGUUGAACACGUUCGUGUUGGAAGAGAAGAUGCCGAUACAGACACCGUAACGACAGGCAGCACGUCGAGCAUCGAGAGGACUACACCACUUGAAAUACAGGAUUUGACGACGCGGGAGGAUACCGAGAUACUCGUCUCGUACUUUUCUCGCAUCUACACUCUUUGGGGUAAUGAGAUGGAUGAGGCCAUGAAGGGUUUCGCCGUUAGUGAGAUGAUGCUGGAUUCCACGACCGAAACGCCGGAACAAGGAUUUAUGCUCACCUUCCCCCGGGGGUUAGGGGAGUACCGCUAUCGCUAUUCCUAUCCGCAUACAGACCUGUAUCCCAAUAUCAGCUUCUUUAUCCCAUCGGCAGUCGCUCCUCCGAUGCACCACGACCGUAACAGCAACGGCAAUAAUAGGGAGGGCAGCGCUGAUCCAGAUGGCCACCACCAGUCCCAACACCCCCGGCAUGGAGAAGGUGCGAAUUACGAAUAUGUAGGCAUCUACCUCGCAGUGGACUCGGCCACCAGGAACUGGGCCUGCCGGAUUCUAGACCUCGGCGCCAGCUUCUCUGGAAUGAGAUCGGAUCUACAAGAAAUGACGGAGCUCGGUGACGGUCUCAUCCUGGGAAAGUCUGAAGAAUGGCUCCACUACGAUCAGCAGGGUGAUGUUAUCGUGGCUGCCCGGACGAGAUUCAAGACGGUCAAAGGCAAGCCCUGCAAGGAAGCGAUCGUGGUGGAGUUGGUGUUUGAUGUAGAGGAGUUAUUGGAAGAGAGGGAUUCGGAGUAG